AUGGACCACCUAACAAAAUCGGUUGGCACGACGCUAAGCUGGAACACAUUCUUGUCGCGGACUUCGACAUCCAGUUUAACCUGCGCAAUCUUUUCUGAACAACAGCGCCAAAAUGCUCACGGUCUCGAUGAUGUUCUCAGGGUCGUCAGCGCACUUAACAUACGACGAUACCCGCAAGAGGAGCUCACUCAGGAGGAAGUGCUAGGCGAAGGCGAGACUUACGUCGUGAAGAGAUGUGCGGUCAAGGAAUGCGUGGUCGCCGUCAAGCAGCUUAAGAUCGACGAUGUAUCUGAUGAAAAGCUAUUCCGUUGUAGACUAGGCUCGGUCAUUUUCGAGGCUCAGAUUAUGAGACAUCCUCCCUUGAGAGCUCACCCUAACCUCCCAUUAGCCCUUGGAUAUGGAUGGAGCCUUCGCGGAGCAUCAGUCAUACCCUAUCUCGUCGUCGAAUACGCAUCACUUGGGACACUAAGAGAGUACAUCAAAACAACCAAGCCUCGUCUUGCCGACGUAGAGAUUCUGCUUGGCGACGUAUCUUCGGCCUUGUCGGCGCUGCAUACAUGUGGCAUAGUCCAUGGCGAUAUCAAGUUGGAUAAUGCACUGGUCUUCCCAUCCUGGGAUCGCCCAACCAAGGCUCUUGCGAAGAUAACAGACUUUGGUCACGCAAUCAUCUUGAAUGACAAGGCAGGUAGCCAAAGUAACGAGAUCAUCAAGUACGGGGGCACUCUUCUCUACAACGCUCCUGAAGUCAAGACUCAGGAUCUUUUCCCAAUAGAACGCAAAGACCUGUCGAAAUGCGAUAUUUGGGCUUUUGGCCUUAUGGUGUGGGAAGCCUGCCUGGGCGGCCAGGAAUACACAAGUUGGCUCGCACAUCACGGACAUGGACAUGUCGAUAAGGAGGAUCAAAAUCCUAUUGAUCCAUUGAAACUCCUUGAUUACGCCAAGCAAUGCAUGCCUGCCAAACAACUGGGUACCGCCAUGUUCAUCCGAAUCGUUCUCCACAGGACUAUCCAGGCAGAUCCAUCGAAACGAGCUUCAAGUGUACGGGAUCUGCCGCUCUACACCAGGUGGACUGCCGGAGAUCUACGUGGCCUCGAAGCUGACUUAGCACUACACUUUGACAUCCCUACUCCUACAUACGAGAUGUUUCGUAUAGACACAGGCAAGGAGGUUCUUUGGGAUCACCAGCAGCAAAUAUUUAGAGGAUUUCAACAGAGUCAUUCCAGCAAGCAAGCGAAGGAUAAAGGCCCGAUAAGCUGGCAAAUUGCGCUUUGCUACUACUUGGGGUUUGGAACAGAGCGAAACUUACAAGAGUCACACAAAUUUGCGAAGACCGCUCGCUCUGAAAGUCACCCUAUUGCCGCAGUCUUUGGUGAUCUAUUUGAUUCCGAGACAGACGCGGUCACGGAGCCGAGAAACGAAUCGUAUGUCACAAAACUCUCGGGGUUGUUGCGAGCGCAAGGAGCCUUGGCGGAGGAAAUGCCCGCCCUGGCCAAGGCAUUUUUUGAUAGGGAUCCAGCAGCCGCCGUGGAUCUCCUGUCUGGAGGAGCUUCCUUAGCUUCUUGCACUUCUGACGGAUGUGGUCCAUUUCAUUGGCUGUUCAUGAUUUGGGAAUCAGCCGCUCUUGAGGACAUUACCGAAAGGCUUUCCGGAGAGCUGACACGGCGCCUUGUCAAUGUCCCCGCAAGCACAAUCCGCGAGGCCCAUCUACAAUGGCCUGUCCAACUGCUGGGAACUCCACUCGCUUUCAGCGAAUCAGUUAACAGUCUCCCAGCGGUCAAGGCGCUCCUCGCCUUGGGUGCAGACCCGUUCGCCUAUGUCUACAAUGAGUCUCAAUACCCACCAGAAGACUCACGCUCCCAAUGGAUGGCCUUCCAUGUCGCGGCAAAGUAUCAUUGCAGCGAUAUCUUGCGUGAACUCAUGCGAAGUUCUGAGUCUCAGAAGUGGGAAGGCCUCGGACCACUCGGUUGCGUUCUUGGUCUCUCCACGCCCCUCGAGCGGCUUGCCAUGCACGGUUCCAGUCGCGCGAGUAGGCUAGACGAGACGAUCAUGCUCAUCAAAGACAAACAAUGUCUGAAUAUGCAUGAUUCAGAUGGGAGGACAGCCAUUAUGGAGGCCAUUGACUUGCAGGAUGCGGAUGUUGUUGCAGCUCUUCUGCGAGCUGAACCUGGACUUGCAAGCACACCGCUUCGCUCGCCGCACGACCCCAACAUUUUCACCUAUCCCCUCCACUUUGCUUGUCAACUAGCGGCAAGACGGAAUGUUGCUGACGCCCUCUUGAUUCCCAAGCUCAUCGAGUCGCAAACUGGAGAUCUUCGGCCCUCCACAACGCCGUCUCGAGACCAUCUGGGAAGAACUGUGCUCCAUCUCGCAGUCACUGGAGCCUCAGGUCUCGCCACCAAAUGGAUCCUAGAGAGCCGUCCCGGGCUACUUCAUGUAGAGGAUAAAUGGGGUCGAGCGCCCCUCCAUUACUGCGCGUCUUCGGCCAACUGCGAUUUGCUUCUAGAAAAGGGAGUAAACAUUGACCACACCGAUAAGGAAGGGCUUUCGCCCCUCCACAGAGUUUGUCUCAUGGGCGCUUGUGCAAUUACAGAGGGUCUUCUAAAGAAAUCGCCGAUAUUGGAUCUAAGGAACAAUGUGUACGGGACGCCGCUGCAUUGUGCGGUUAUUAGCGGAUCUGCCGACAUUGUCAACGGGCUUCUCGACGGAGGUUCGCCGAUCAACGCGACUGACUUGCGGGGCAAUACAGCCGUCCAUAUCGCUGCCAAGUUGAACCGUUACAGCAUUUUGCGUAGCCUGCUGGCGAGGGGCGCAGAUGUCACUUUGCUCAACUUGAAUGGUCACGAUGCGAAGGCUGUUGCUCUUCGUGCAGCAAGUACUGGCAACAUUGGCAUUCUUAGCAUUCUCCGAGGCACCCAAGCAGCUAACAACGGAGACGUUGAUCUGGAAUUUGGUCAGGAAGAUACUGUCCUUCUUGAUCGAGAGGGGCAAGUUGGAGAGGCACUCGCUCCCGAUUUUCUCUGGGAUGAGGCGUCACUUUCUCUUCAGCAGCCGUACGACACCCUCGACCUCCCGAAUAAUGCAAAACAGGAACAGGAAAGCGAGAGAGAGGAGACGUAUGACGAACGGGUAGAGAGACUACAAAGCCUCGAUCAGGCCAUUGAAAUGAUCAUCGGACACCAUUUCUCUAGAGUCCCUCAUCAUCACUGGGCUAAGAAAGCCGUAAUCAACAUCGUCUCCAUAUUCUUCGACGAAAUCCUUUGGCAACCUGGUACAAUCAACCGAGGAAUCGAGAUUGUGGCGCGGGCAGCCUACGACUUGGCAACGGUGAUGCACUUCUACUACGAUGAAUCAUGGGGAAUCCACCACCGCGUGGAGGCAUGGGCAGAAUACCUCGUCUCACAGAAUGGAAUCGGGGUACCGCUGCGACUUGAAGCCAUCAGAGCGUAUCCCAAAGGUGUCCACCCUCGGCAAAAGACCUAUGAGUCAUCACAGUACGGCAUGAUCUCAAGCACCAGCAAGGAUGAUCUUCUUUAUGGGUUUGAAGCUAAAAUACUUUCCGAGCAAGAUCGCCUCGAAGCCGUCUGGAAGUACAUGGAAGAAAACGACCCUUCGUCAUUACCCCUUGACGGAGAUGAGAACCCUACUCUCAAAGACAAAGAUGGCAAGCCCGUCCGUCUUGCAGACGGAAUGACUACGAGGCUUCUGCGGCUACCUCCUGUUUUCGCGUUUAUGGAACAGAAGUUCCCGGUUGCUAAGGUUGGGAAACCUGUUUCACGCGUCUUCAUACCAGAGAAAGAGAUUGAUGGUUUGGUACUCCAUGAUCCUGGGAAUCUUUUGCGGCAAGAAACAAACGAUGAAGAGCUUGGUAAUGAAAAGACAAUCGCCGAGCAGACCGGGGCUGAGACAAGUAUGAUAGUCGACUCGGAGACCAAGGACGAUAAAGGUGAUAGUGAGAAGGAUGAUAAAGACGACGAGGACGAAAAGAACGAAAGCGACGAUGAGAACUAUAGCGACAGUCAUGAAAGCGGAAGCGAGUCACACCUGACGUUGCAAGAUCAACCGGACUACAGACCCAAAUACGAGCCAUGCCAGCAGAGCUCGACUGGGUGUAGUCAUCUGGAGCAGGCAAUCGACUGUAUAGUCACUCUUUUCGUCGAUAGGAAACCGCGGGAAGUGUUUCCUGCGAGACAGAAGUCGGACAUCGAAGCCAUGGUACGGUGGGAAAUGAAGACAUGGGACAUGGUUGUGCCACAGUUUGGAGUCACUCGUAACAUAUCAACGCUCGAACAGUAUUUUCCGCAACUUUCAGGGCAGUCAUGGCGAGAAAGCGCGGCUCGUGCCUAUUCGGCUUGGAAAGAGAGGUCAACCCCUGCGCUUCGAGAUUCAGUCGGAGAUGAACACUGGAACUCUGAAGCAAAGGUGGCUCGGGAUGAGUUCUACAUCAGAUUGUACGCGGCCUGUCACCGCAAGUUGAAGGAGACGUCGAAUGAGGGCUUGGAAGACAGCGACGAGAGCUUGUAA